UCAUUAAUGACAGUAUUUUCCAUCUUUGAACUUAUCAAUUUUUAACUGUCUUUUGACAAAUCCUAAUAUUUUGAUGUUUUCUUCCUCAGCAUGUUCUCCUGGUAACUAUGGGCCAGACUGCAAAUUCAAUUGCUCAUGUCAGAAUGGUGGUGUCUGCAGCAAGCUGUCUGGGGCCUGUGAGUGCCCCAAAGGGUUCUAUGGACGAGGCUGUGAACACGAAUGCCCUCCUGGAUUUCAUGGUUUUAAUUGUGCUCAUACCUGUGACUGCCAGAAUGGAGCCAGGUGUGAUGUAGCAAGUGGACAGUGUGUUUGCCCAGCAGGGUUCCAUGGUAACCAUUGUGAGCAAGAAUGUCCACCUGGAACAUUUGGGGACAAUUGUCAACAGUCUUGUGACUGUGAAGGAGAAAGUCCUUGCCACCCAACCACAGGAAAAUGCCUCUGCCCACCAGGGAAGGCAGGAACCAGAUGUGACACAGAAUGCCAGGCAGGCUACUAUGGACCCGACUGCAGGCUACGGUGUGAAUGCUCGCAGGGAGCUCGCUGCAACCCAGUCAAUGGCAGCUGUGCCUGUCCCAGGAGGAGAAUGGGCCCAACCUGUGAGGAGAGGGACUUGCCUCCUCCAUAGCCAAAGACCCACAGUUCUUCCGAAGGUGAAUAGAAUCUCUUCUGCAGCUCCUGACGGUUUUUCGUCGUAACCCUGACGGGAAAAUACACCAGUCCCUGGUCUCCUUCCGACAUGGAGCAUCAGGAAGGGAAAAGGUGACACCUUCAGUUUUCCACCCCUGUGCCCAAUCCUCCAGCCCAACCUGCGAACUUCCUUUCCCUGAAGGACACACUCCAAAAAGAGAAAAGGAAAGGAAAAGAAAAAGUAUUUAUUCAGCAUCCGAACCACAGUAACAUUUGAACUAAUAAAGGGCGCUUUUUAGAAAAUUUGUGCAAGGCAGUAAGUAUUUGAAUUUGGAAGGGAUAACUGCUUCGUACUGCAGGUUGGGCUGCACUGAAAUAUUCACACCUAUUCACUGGAAACCCCAGUGCCCUUAAGUACCUGGAUCCUCUUUAGAAACAGCUAGAAUUUCAUUCAUUUGUUCGCAGAACCUACUUCCUGGUAACUCUGCUGCAGACUUCAAACACACUGCAUUUUGUUUAUGACUUUUAAUGUGGGAGAUUAUUAAGAUUUUAGCCCGUGGAGGAUGGGAUCAGAAUAAAAACAUGACACGCAUGUGAACAGUGAGUCAUGAAAAUGUUAGUGGUGUUUUCCGUCUCCAGCCAGCACACAGGGAAAACAAGGGCAGAGCCGAUAGGGCCAAGACCUGGCUGCCUCUGGGGAUGCUCCGUUUCCCGUAAUUCAGGAAUAAAUUGAAUAGCCUUAAAACCCAAAUUACUCAUCAUUUCCAGCAGCUCCUAGUCUUUUAUAAGGGGAAGAUGGGGCCAGUGUGCUAUGGCUCCCAAGGAGUUUGGAUAUGCGUUUUUCAGAAUCCUGGCUAAUCGUAUUAGUAAAUAAUAACUUUGUCGACUGAAAAUGCUGCUCAAGAAUUUUCAGAAUAAAAACAGAGACUUUGACUAUUGAAAUAAUAUGACUAUGGUUGACUUUUGUGAAAUGACUAGAGUACCUUUUAACAUUCAAAAC